AUGGUGAGAGAGCUUUUGACAAGAAUGAACUGCGACGUCUUCAAACCACAAUGUGAAGAACACCUGAGAAUUUUGAAAUGGCACGCCACCCGUAUCAAGAGACUUUUGCUGGCUUUUAUGAUAAGUUCACAAACCACGUGUGGCUUGUGGGCAUUGAAACCCUUGUUUGAUGACGCAGGGGAUAGGAAAUUCCCGUUCGAUAUGUGGAUGCCAAUACGACCAGAAUAUUCACCUCAAUAUGAGCUUGGAUACAUAUUUCAACUGAUUACGAUCUGCUUGAGCGCGUACAUGUAUUUCGGUGUUGAUAGCGUUGCACUAUCUAUGGUUAUAUUUAGUUGUGCCCAAAUCGACAUUAUAAAGGAUAAACUUUUACAAAUAAAAGGCUUCCAAAAAAAACGCUAUGUCUUGGAAGAAAGAGAAAAGUAUUUAAAUGACAAUUAUUAUAAGCUGAUCGAAUGUGUAAAACAUCACCAGUUCGUCGUGGCAUUCGCCAAGCUUGUAGAAAACGCUUUUCAUAUAUUCCUACUAUUUCAACUAGUUGGCAGCGUAGGACUGAUUUGUAUGUCUGCGUUGCGUAUUUUAGUGGUGGAUUGGCGAAGUAUGCAGUUUGCGUCAAUAGUCACGUACUUAUCAGUAAUGAUAAGCCAGCUGUUUGUUAGUUGUUGGUGUGGGCAUGAGCUUACAGCGAAUAGUGAGGCGCUGCACUCGGUUCUUUACAAAUGCGCUUGGUACGAACAAGAUGUGAAGUUUGUUAGAGCUUUCUGUCUUACUAUGAUGCGUAUGAACGAGCCAUUGGUGAUGAGGGUCGGCCAUUAUGUAGCGCUCUCACGGCAGACGUUUGUGGCGCUCUUCAGCAAUAGUUCGCGCAAUUUGGAGUACUUG